AUGUCGGAAACCAUCAAUGUCGACGCGUUCGUCGUCGGCGCAGGUGUGGGAGGAAUUUACUCCACGUACCGCCUGUCACGUAUGGGGCUGUCUGUCAAAUGCGUGGACGUUGCCAGCGACGUUGGUGGCACCUGGUAUUGGAAUCGAUAUCCGGGUGCUAUGAGUGAUACCGAAAGCUACCUGUACCGCUAUUCAUGGGAUAAGGAAGAUUUGCAAACCUACCCCUGGACUCAUCACUAUGUUUACCAACCGGAGAUUUUGAAGUACCUCCAGCAUGUCGUCGAGAAACAUGAUCUCCGGAAAUACAUGAAGUUCGAGACCGAAAUGACAUCAGCGACAUGGAAUGAGGACACUCAGAGAUGGGUGGUGACCUGCUCCGGCUCCGAAGAGUUGAACAUUAGCGCUCGCUAUUUGGUCAACUCGCUUGGAUUGCUCUCCAAGGUCCAUUACCCCGAUAUCUGUGGUCUUUCGUCUUUCGCCGGUGACCUGAUCCAUACGGCGCGAUGGCCAGAAGACUUGAAUCUCGAAGGAAAAAGGGUCGGCAUUAUUGGGAAUGGAUCUACAGGAACACAAGUUAUGACAGCAAUUGCUCCAAUCGUUGGAAGUCUAACGUCUUUCCAACGGCACCCUCAAUACUCAGUUCCGAGUGGCCAACGGCCCGCCACAAAAGAAUAUCGCGACAAGAUCAAUGCUACUUACCCACAAAUCUGGGAUAAUGUCUGGUCCUCAAAUGUUGGUUUUGGUGUGGUUGAAUCCAAACGCAAGACCAUGGAUGCUAGCCCUGAGGAGCGGCAGAAAGCUUUCCAAGAGGUCUGGGAGCAAGGUAAUGGCUUCCGUUUUAUGUUCAGCGCUUUUGGGGACAUUACCACCAACAAGGAUGCCAACGAAGAGGCAUGCAACUUCAUCCGUGGGAAAAUUGAUGAAAUGGUGAAAGAUCCCCGCAAGGCAGCAAUCCUGAAGCCAAAGGACCUAUACGCCCGUCGACCCCUUUGUGACACCGGCUACUAUCAGAUUUUCGAUCGCGAGAAUGUUGACGUGAUCGAUCUCAAGGAAACGCCGAUUGAGAAGAUAGUUCCGGAAGGCAUUCAGACAAGUGAUGGAACAACCCAUCAUCUCGACGCGCUAAUUUUUGCUACUGGAUUUGACGCCAUUGAAGGCAAUUACAUGCGGGUCAAGAUUACAGGACGGAAUGGAAAGACGAUCCAAGAGCAUUGGAAGAACGGCCCUAAGGCUUUUGGUAGUAUCGCCUGCGCAGGUUUCCCCAACAUGUUCGUUGUUGCUGGUCCUCAAGGUCCAUUCGCCAAUUUCCCACCUGUCAUUGAAAGUGAAAUCAAUUUCAUCAUGUCAUGCAUUGAAUACGCCGAAGAAAAUAUUGUCGCGGCUCAGGUCGAAAAACCAAAUGUGGUUGUCAAUGGCACUGUGAACGGCACUGUCAAUGGUACUGUGAAUGGUACUGUGAAUGGCACUGUGAAUGGCACUGUCAAUGGUACUGCCAAUGGUGCCAUGAAGACGACAAAUGAAUCUUACCUGAGGAAAGGGAAGCCAAAGAUUAUGGAGGUGUCCGAUGAAGCAGAAACAGCAUGGAUCGACUUGUGCAACCGAUUGGUUGAAGGGUCAUUGUUCACUUCGACGGCAAGCUGGAUCUUUGGUCAAAAUAUUCCCGGGCGGAAGCCAAAUACGAACUUCUAUUUUGGGGGUCUUGAAAGCUACUUGGAGUGGGUGAAAUCUCAAACUUCCAAUGGUUUCCCUGGUUUUCUCAGAUGA